UCACGAACAAUUUCCGAAUGAGUAGAGGGAAAAAGUAACUACUUCAAGUUGUACAAUCAAGAGAUCGAGGACUUCAAGAUCAUUAAAACAAGAGUACUAUUAAGCGAGUAGAGAUCUUUAAAACAAGAGAUCGCCUUCAAGAUCAUUCAGGAUGAAGACACGUCUACCAGUCGUUCUUGCCAGUAUGGGGGGUGCAGCCUUGUGCCUCCUGCUGACGUGGCCCAUCGCCACUGCGGCCGCCGCCGCGCCUAAAACUCACUCAGAAAGUCCUGGAUUUCUCGCCAAGUUCUCGACUACAUCUGCGGCUGAACCGAAAAAACAUGCUCCGUUUCUGCGCCUGCCGCAGAAAAAAGUGGUCAGUACCAAACCGGCAUUGGCUUGCUUUCUGCCCGCGUUGAUGGCUCAGGUGUGCUCUGGGGAAGUUCACUUUCCUCAAAAAUAUUUAUGACAUAACCCAUAUAAAUAUUUAUAGGUAAACCAGUUAGACGGGGAAUUUCUUGAUCUUGGUCAUUCACCCACUUAUCUUCACCCUCAACUUCAAUCUCCGAGCAAGCGUUUGUUCAACUUAGUGUGACUUGUUUAAUAUCUGCAACUCCUAGGUGGAAUGAACUCCUGCGUACUCCUUUUUAGAAAUAUCACUCCAGCUCCAGCAGCAUAAUCCGCCAACUUCUUCUAAAUUUUAUUCCGAUCAAGGCCGAUUCCUGUCCAGCGCCGUACCCUGAUUUGGAUAUGUUGCAGGAUGACACAAUCGAGUCGGAACUCUUCAAAAAAGACUGGCCGCAAAACGCCCUCUCAGGAACUUGGUGGGAAUUUUUGUUUUCAUUAGAUAUUGUAAGGUAUAGACUCGUAGUCGUAGAAUCUUGAAUUUCACUGGUGAUCGAGUUCGUAUGCUUAUGCAGGAAUCACUCUGCUCUCCUGUUUUGAUUCACAGUCUCAAUCUGGUUACCAUGUCACUCACGAUGAAGAACAUGAUGUGCACCACAGGCCAAAUGAGAAUUUGUCCGCUAGGUAUGUCGUUGCCGCUGCGGACGCCUAUCAGCCGACAACGCAGUACAAGUGCACGAGUUACAAGUAUUCCACUCCGGACCUCGAACAUUAAGGGAACAAAGUUUUUCUUUUCAUCAUAACUUGAGUUUUUUUAUAAUAAAUUUUCAGCAUCUUCCAUGAGAGUCGGACUUAGACUUUGAGGCUAGCCGAAGCUUGGAAAAAGUAUACAUGCACAGUGAGGAGCGUUAGCUUCGUCGUGUUUCUUGUCCUUUGACUCAUUGCGACUGUUUUACUCAAUCGCUCUCUUUUUCAGUAAAUAAGGACGAGAGCAAAGUCCGAAAACAUCAAAUUGUGCGUCAUCUAAGAAAAAGACCCACGCGGACAACCCACCGGUAUUUGGCACAGCUUCGAUAUGAACGCCCAGCAGUGGAAACAAAUUCCGCUUCAAGGCUACCUGCAGCGCCGCUCGAAAGAUGGGGCCCUGAUUCCUGGCGGCUACGAGGAAAUUCCUCUGCAUCUCGGCGCCAAGAGUGACAAAUGGUACUUGGGGCAACUAGACAAGGUUCUACCGUCUGUGUUUUUACCGGUCAGGGGCUUUGCUUGCUCCUGACCAUACCGCGGGGGGGGAUUCGGAUUGCGAGUGGGGCAGGAAACAGGCGGCGCUAUUGGCUGGGGCGGGCCUUGCGCGAACGCACGGCGCGACAUCGUUAUUCGCCGCGGAUUCAACUGCAGACCAGCAGCAGAGCGCGCCGGGCGCCGGGGUGUCUUAUCAAUUGGCGGGCUGGGGCGCCAUUCUUGGACGGAUAAGACGAAGCGGCGAGGCAACAACCGCGAGCGCGCGGGGUUGCCUUUGGGAGACUUUUAGUUUUACCGCCGUGGGGGGCCGUGGUGUGUGGGCGUGUUUCUUGGCUGUUUCGCCGUUUCCGUCUGUCAUGGACGACGCUUUACGAAUGGGGAGGCGCUGCGUCUGUGUAUGUAAGGCGGCGGGCCAACGCCGCGGGUGGCUUGCGGCCUUAGGCUCGUGGCCGCUUGGGGCAUGUGAAGGUGGGCAAUCCUUUAGGGGGCCCGAGGCUCUAUAUGUAUCAGUCGGCAGGGUGGGGCAUCGACGAGGAGAAUCAGCCGCGUCGCCCCCCGAACGUGGCCUGCAGGGGAAGCGUUACCGCUGGAAGUGGCCACGUGCAUGGGGGCAGCUUGGCCAUAGAUCCUGCAAAACACUCAAAAAAACAAGGAGAGCCAGGACGACGAAAAAACGGGGGGCCCACGUGCUUCAGCUUUUAACUUCGCGGGCAAGCUGAUCAGUGGGGGCGCUCGUCUUUCCCGCUGUGACAAGUUUGCGCGCAGUGCUCUAGCUACGUACUUGCGCGCAGUGGGGCACGGCAUUGCUUCAAAUGUGGCCUCUUCUGAUUUAAAGGCCUCGCGUGUGAGAGAAUGCGGCGGCCUGGCUUGUUGCUUUGGUGCCACUUGUUAGAUGGAAAACGAUGCGGCGAGGGUGCUGGCGUUUAUCCACCGCACCUCGAAAGAGAGGCGUAAAGCAGCGCGCCGCGCCCGCGAUCAAGAAUGAAGGCGCGCAAAUGAGUCGGCAGCUGGGGCGCACGGGCUGGGCGCCAUAUGCAAUGCUUGGCAGACAGCGAGGAAGUGGAAGGCAGGGGACGCGGGGACGGCUGGGGGACAGGUCGGCGCAAUAGCGGGAACGGACGGCGGCGGCGGCGCUUGUACGUAGAUAAAAAGGAAAAAAAUGCCACGGGGUGGCGAGAUCGCCAGAGAGUUGGAAGGGGGCGCGCGCCUCUAAAGUAUGGGGCUGGUCGUUUGGGCGGUCAAGUCUGAGGGCUGGCGAAGUGUGGCGCCGGUCGCGUCGCGCUCAUGCAGAUGCCGAAGGCGUGCGGGCUGCCUUCUUACUUGGGUACGUAGGUGCAGCGGGCUGCUAAUUAGGUGCAGCGGAUCGGCGAACUUGAACGGAGUAGCUUGCGCGGGUCCGCUGGUUUGGGCCAAUUAGUCGGCCGCUGGAGCAAUGGGCCAGCCGGUUCGACUUCGAACUGACUGGCGCAGCGAGAUGCCUCCACUGUCUUAAGGCGAAAAAGAGGCCAGUAGUGUUAUCGGCGGUCCAUUGUGAACCCGGAGGGGCACGAGCGUCAGCCUUUGGGUGACGUGUGGAGAGAGGUACAGGCGGAGACGCAAAGGCCGGGGCGUCCCAGGUUCGACAAGCCUGCGCAGUCGACAAACAUGCGCAGCACGUCCCAGCCUUGAGAAGCGUAACAAGCUCCCCCGGACUGUGUUCAACUCGCGCAGUACACAACUGCGGCUAAAGGUUUAGCGCAUAAAUCAUGUGGUCCGUCUCCCAUCUUACUAAUUUUACUGCAUUGACAGGAGGACGCCGCGGCGUUUCGUUUUGGUUCGUAAAAAUUUUUCGGUGUGGAAAAUUUUUGCGUUUUUUGUGUCAGGGUCGAUGUUGGACCUGGCUCGUUUUUUUACUAUUGGGAGGCACUUUUCAGCCUAUAGUACGAAUAGUAGGCGCAGUACGUAUAGUAGGCGCAGUACGAAUAGUACGAAUAGUAAAAUUUUUUCCGUGGAGAAAUUUUUACUAUUCGUACUAUUCGUACUGCGCCUACUAUACGUACUAUUCGUACACGAAAACACACAGGCUAAAGGUGCAUCCAAUAGUAAAAUUUUCUACAAAAAAAAAAGAGCCCCGGAUGGCAUCGCAAUAGUAAAAUUUUUCCUGAGAGGCAAACCCACGCAGCAGCGAAGUUGGGGGGUUGCCGUCUUCUCGUAGUUUUUUUUUGUUCCUAUUUUCGUGCCCCUGUCAACGCAGUAGAAUUAGCAUGCUGGGAAGCUGGGCCACAUGACAUAAAAGUGGCGAAAUAAGAAGAGGCGGCCCUGGGGGCAGUCAUUGAGCAGGGUAGCCAUUACUUUCGUCGUGUUCUUUAGCUGUCUCGGAUCGGCUUGCCUUCUCUCGCAUUGGUGCCCCCCGCCCCUGCGUGACGGGAUUGCUAGCAGCUGGGCUCUUCUCUGGCUGGGGAAGAGGGUGCCCCGGAGGUGUGCCAGUGACGGCGAGCGGGUGGGUCACUGUUUGGUAGGCGGCUGCAAGUGCAACCGCGCUGCAGUCGCUUCUCUCGCGCAGUUUUGUGAGGAUAGAGAGCGGGGCUCUGACGCUCAGCAGAUACACGACAAGCGCAAAAGCCUGCCCAAGCUGCAGAGGAGAGGAAGGGCGCGCCUCGCGGGUCGCAACCAUUAUAAGAGCGGAGCAGUCUAAGCUGAGGAAGUCCUUGCGUGUUGUCUGUCUUGAAGGCCGGCCAUAAUUUAUCUCCACUCGUCGUCGUCGUAGUCUUUUCUGUUCUGUUGUGGAAGGAGGAGGCGAGAAAAGCAGACGGCUGGGAGGUGCUUCGCCUUCUUCAUCAACGGCGAGACCACCUCCAGCAGCCAACGCUGGGAGAUUCAAGCAUGACGGGCGCACUUUGUUGGCCGCGAGGUGUUUCGCCUGCGCGCUGCGCAGAUUUCACGAAGCUUCUCCGUCUCCGAAGCCAACGACUAACAGACCAGCCACUCGCCUCUAUAGUUAGAGGCAGCCCCUCGCCGCGCAGCCUGGGACACCAAUGCGAACGCUUCGGCGGACGGAGCGUUGGCUUUUUUAUCCGAAGCGAGGAGCGGCCGCGCCUCAAGAUCGUGCAGCUUUCUCGGACGAGUACAGCCGAAGGCACCAAGUCAAAGACGCGGGGGAAAUUCCGACUGGGUAGAGACGCGGGGUAGAUUCAGGGCCAGCCUUGAGUGGGUUCCUUCUCUCACUCUGUCAAAUUAUUUGCUUCUCUCUGUCGAAUUAUUUGCGAACUUUUUACACGAACGCAAAGCAGGCUCUUGCGUGAGUUUCCCUUCCGGGAUUUUUAUGCUUUCCAGACGCAUUGGCCGUCUCCAUUUCGAGGAGCGAAAGUGAGAGGCGCGGCCUCGCGCGAUAUGACAACCGUGAGGGGAGACGCGUCGCCAGAGGCGCUGGCGUUAUGGAUGAAAGUACUCGGAAACACAUAGACAGGAGAGGGAGCAAGUGAGCAAGCUAAGAGUCUAGCUCCUCGGCCAGUGAAGGCGCUAGUAUGGGGGCACUGAUCUACGUACUCAGCAGUGUCGACGGGUCUCCCUCGAUGUUCGGGGGUCCUUUCUAGUAGUUGUCUGCUGGCUCCCGAUUAGAUGCCGCUCGUUCUGAUAUUGCUUUCUGUUAAAUAAACGGGCAGCGUGCAACUCGUAGGAAAGCCCGGCAAAGUUAGAAGCGGGCAGCGUCUUAGAAAUUGAUGGAGCUGGCGGACCCCUUUUCCCAGGCGGCACCUUGGUUCUUUCGCUUCUUUUGGUCGUUUAUUUCUGCGUGCUCCUUUUCUUCUUUUGUUUUGGAUGGGAGGACCCGACUGGGAGCGCCCGCGCGCCUUGUUCGUUGCGGCUGUGUUUGCUUGGUUUCUUUGUGCGGGCCGUACUGGUAUGAUGAACAUGAAAUAAAAUAAAUGCUGGCCUUGGCGCUGCCUUGCUGUUGCUUGUGGUGUUCUCCUCACCUCGCUCCUUCGACUGGGUUGGUUGGCGUGUUCUUUGUUCUUUCAGUCUCUUCCUCUUGGCUCUUCUCUUGUGGGUGUCUUGGCGUUUAUGAUUACUGACUUUGCUCGCUCUGUGUCUCUUUCUACUUAUUUAAUUUUGAAUGUCGACGCAUGCGUGACUCUGUUGUCGAAGAAAUUCACAGAGUGGAUAUAAAUAAGUAUUUAUAGAUACUUUCUUGUGUACUCACAUCGGCAGAAGUUGCUUGUGAAUUGAAAACGAAAAGCAAGAGGAACCCACAAGCAAAUUACAUCUCCCAGAACUCAACAGUCAACUUUUUAUUCAAAAUCCAGGUUCGUUCCGGUUGUGCACUAUGGACAGGACAGUUCCACCACGAUGAUGGUGAAAUGGGGGUGCACUAGUCCGCCGAUGACGCCGAAUCGUGUCAAUUUCGUCGAGGUACUUCUACAGAGUCCUUGCUUGAUGGUGAUGUCUUAAACCUAUGUAUGUUGUCGUUUAGUCUGCAUACUUGUAAAACGUGCAUGACUUCAGCCUGACUGCUGUAUAUCUAAUCUUAGAAGAUGGCACUCCUCGGAAUCAACGGAUGGGUCCCAAGAUGAUGUCAAGAGAACCAGGAAAAUCAUGAUUAGCUAUCUCUCUUCCCAUUUUUCAAUCUAUCUAGGUCCUCGCCCGUAGUCAGGAUGUCGAUUAUACGGAAGUGAUCGCUGCUAUUUCUCACCUGAUGCAAGAGGGGCAAGAGGUAACUCCAGUGAUCGAAUUCAUGCGGCCCGUCGACCAGUCGGCGUGCAAUGUUAAGCGUUGUAAAUUUUAAUCCAUUGAUGUAUAUGAUCGUGAUCUUAUAAUUACAGAUUGAUAAAUUGAUAUAUCAAUCUUGGAUUAAUUUAAAGAUAGCUGGUAGAAGUUGUAUAGAAUUUUGUAACCCUUGGCUGUUGGGUACAUGAAAAUGAUCAAUCAUUAUCAAUUACCUGCCAUUAGCUCUAAAAAUACAAGCGGUUCUACGUCCGGUAUGUCCCUAUGUCGAGGACCGGAGUGCGACGAAAAUGGGGAAGAGUAUAAAGCACUCAAGAAAGACGUCGAUGAGCACGCGCCGAUGCACCUCUGUCGCGGGCCUGACUGCGAUGAAAAUCAGGGCCACGAGGGAGUCACUAUUUCUGUCUAG